GAAGAGAUUACGUAUCUGAUGAUGUGCACAGACGUGAACAACGAUGGCAAAGUAGAUUAUAUGGAAUUUACAGAACGAUUCCAUAAUCCGGCCAGAGAUAUUGGUUUCAAUCUUGCUGUGCUGUUAAUCAAUCUCAAAGAACAUAUCACCAAUGAUCCUCGUCUGGAGAAAAUCAUCGAAAAAGCGAGCACACUGCUUGACUAUUUUGAUCCAUAUUUGGGACGAAUCGAGAUAAUGGGCUCGAUUAAUGUUUUGAAUUUUGAAAUAAUCCCUUCCGAACAAUUCAGAGAUUCAAAGAAUUCCUUCUUGUUCAACGUGCUACAAGAUGAUGGCGGUGAUCAGGGCAAGCUGGAGGCUUUCAUAAAUUUCUGUGAGGAUACAAUCUUUGAGAUGCAACACGCAGCUGAGAUAAGUUCUGGGGAUGCGGCUGAUUCGAAAGUUGAGCGAGCGAUGAAACAAAGAGAUUACUUCUUACAGCAAACUUCACCAAGCGAACAACUCUCACGCACCAUCAAAACUGGUUACAACUAUGGUGUGUCGGCAGCAAGUGCAUUGAAACCAUCAAACGUGAGUAAAUCUCUGCAAAGUGCUGCCGCAAAAAUCAGAGCAAUGACAUGGGCGCAGUUGAUGUUCGAAGCGGCAAAACUGAUCAUUCGUGGUGGCCAUAAGCUGGGAAUAGCAUUGUAUUUGAUCGCUUGCACUAUCUACAGUUUUGGCUACUUCUUGAUGAUCAGUGGAAGAGACGAAGAAGAAAGCGAACAGGCUGCACUACCGAUGCCUGAAAGUGCAACAUCACGUUUCCAAGCGCAACACUCGACCGAAAUUCCUUCAUAUCGGAAUCGUUCUCGCGAAUACGAUAUAUUCGGUGUGCAUGUGCAUCAUGACGUGGACCAGCAACCACCAUCGCCGAUGUCGCAAACCCACACUUCUGAAAAUGAGCUGGCUCCUCCAUCCCCAACGCCUCCUCCUGAAGGUGGAUUGCAAACUGCCACUCCAGUACCACAACAACAAGCUAGUGAUAUUCAAAGUGUUGGAUCAGCUGCAUUUGCAAACGUUGCAAUGUCUCAGGCUGGCUCAGAUUUUGACUCGUCAGCCGAUUUUUAUGAGCCAAAAAUCGCCGAACAAGAACAUGUUAGCACGCAAUUUCAAAACCAUCGAAAAGCUAACACUCUAUCUGGCAUUCUUCAUCAACGUUAUUCUGCUCUUCCAUCGAGUCGACAUCUCAGCGCGAACUGA